AUGGAUUCGCGUGACCGCGACCGCGACGAGGAUGACUACCGGACCGGCGAAACCACGCCGCUGCUGUCGGAUCAGCCGAUAUCAAAGACGGAGCCUGUCGUUAGCAGCUGGUUGACCGAGUCGCGGUUGCUGUGUCAGUACUCGCUGCCGCUCAUCGCAACGUAUCUGCUUCAGUACUCCUUCACCGUCAUUACCACCUUCGUGGCGGGUCAUCUGAGCGCAGAUGACCUCGCCGCCGCCAGUAUCGGUCUUACGACCAUGAACAUUAUUGGUCUUGCCAUCUACGAGGGAAUGGCUACCGCUCUCGACACUCUUUGCGCCCAAGCCCACGGUUCCGGACGCCUCACCGCCGUCGGACUUCAUGUUCAACGUAUGCUCAUUCUCAUGGCCAUUGCCACGAUUCCCAUCGGCGCCAUUUGGAUCUUUUCUCCAUCAAUCCUGUCACUCUUUGUCAAGCAGCACCACCUGGCUGUGAAGGCCGGCUCCUUCCUGAGGGUCAGCUUGAUCGGUAUCCCCGGCUACGCCGCGUUCGAAGCUUUGAAGCGUUUUCUUCAGGCUCAAGGCGAGUUCAAGAGCGCCAUGGUGGUCCUCAUCAUAUGUGCCCCGGUCAAUGCCUUUCUCAGUUGGCUAUUCGCUUUCAAGAUGGACCUAGGCUUGGAGGGUGCUGCCCUGGGACAGGCACUCGCCAACGAUCUCAGACCCAUUCUUCUUCUAGUUUAUAUCGUCUUCUUUGGAAAGUGGUCUCACUCAUGCUGGGGCGGAUUUUCCCGAAAAGCGUUUGAAGAAUGGCGCUUGCCUGUUCAGCUCUCCAUCGCCGGAUCUCUCGUCAACCUCGGCGAGUGGGCUGCUUUUGAGAUCCUGACGCUGAGCACCUCCUAUCUCAGCACAGAACACCUGGCGGCGCAGACGAUCUUGACGACCAUCUCUGUCGUCAUGUGGCAUAUUCCGUUCAGCAUCUCCGUCGCCAUCUCGACAAGAAUCGGUCAUCUCAUCGGCGCCGGUCUCGUGCCGAUUGCCCGUCGGGCCACCACCCUUUACGCUAUCGUCUUCACCGUGGUCGGCGUUCUGGACGGCGUCAUUCUCUUCCUUUUCCGCAACCAGCUGGGACUGGUCUUCUCCGAAGACGCCAGAGUACAAGAGUUGGCGACCAAGUCGAUGCUUGCCGUCGGCGCUUUCCAGCUCAUCGACUCCAUCAUUUGUGGAUGCAACGGUGUCCUCCGAGGCCUCGGCCGACAAUCAGUUGCCGCAUAUGUGGUUUUUGCCGUCAACUACAUCGCGGCCGUACCUAUAGCGGUUUGGCUCGAGCUGGGAUCUCCUGCGAUGGAGCUCGAUGGCGCUUGGAUCGGUCUCGGCGGUGGCAUGGUAGUGAUUGCCAUCAUCGAGUGUAUUUACCUGAAGGUCAUCAGGUGGCAGGACUGCGUGGAAAGCGUCCGGUCAAGAGAAGGGAUCUAA